AUGAAUCCGUAUGAAACGGAGCCAGAGCAUAUCCCAUCCACCGACUUAUAUGCAGAUGUUCCGCUUUACGGACGGUACCGCCCCAAACCGGGCGACUUUCAUGUUAAUCCAGAGCACGUCGGCUCCCAAUCCUCAGACUCAAUGCAAUAUUGGGCGUCAGUAGUUGGCUUCUGCGAUGAAUCUAUCAGGAUCUACCCAGCGGACGACGGUGGUCGUGAUGUCUUUGCUCUCGGCAAUGUAAUUGUCAAGUCAAGCCAUCUCCACGAUACACAGGAGAUCGACUAUUCGUUUGCCGAUGCUAAUGAGGCCCGCGCCAUUACCAUUGCCAAGGGCGUGCUCAAAGAUAUCAGGGUACCGGAGAUUUACUUCGCCGGCAAGAUUCAUGGCCGCCAAGUGCUAGUCCAAGAGAGACUCCCCGGUGUUACGUUGAGCGUUGCAUGGCCAUAUCUCUCACAGAGCCAAAAGCAGUCGUUCAAAGAGCAGGCACGGGUGAUCCUUCGGCAGCUGCAUGCCAUCAAGCCGGAUGAUAGAUGUCAGGUUCGGUCUCAUGUUGUCCCAGAUCCUCAUAUUCUCCAUAACGGCCGAAUCAAUCCUUUAGAAGGGGAGAUCCUUUUCUCCGACUCUAAUACAGACUCGGACAUGAGCUUCAUGCAUAAUGACUUUACCCAAUCCAAUUGCAUUGUGGACAAUGAUCGGAUCGUGGGGCUCAUUGAUUGGGAAAUGGCUGGAUUCUUUGGUUGGAAGACAGCUGGCGAAGUCCAUCGAAGGAUCAGAACACCUCAAAGGGAGCAUUUUGUGAACGCCUCUUUGAGCGAGGAGAGGCUUCGGGAUAUCAUGUUUUGGAAUGAUCUCUAUGACGAUGGCAUGCCUGAGUUGUAA